ACAAACUCAAAGGGACUAUCGUCUUCACCAAUAAACAGUCUUUUACUGCAGCAAUGGCCGCCCACUCGACUACCCCGGAAAAGCCAACCAUAGCCCCAACUCCAGGAACAGGAUUCCGCCCAAACGCAAGCUCGCACAUCCGCAUUGCACGCCCUUGUCGGGACUUCAAAGCCGCCGAACGGUUUUAUAUAACAGGCCUUGGCCUCAAAGCGCUUUGGCGCACUGAAGGGCCUGCGCACGAAAUUGAGGGCGGGCAUGAGCUGCUUAUGCUUGGCUGGCCUGGCGCUGCAUGGCAUUUGGAGCUAGUACUUGUGGACAAAAAUGGCGAUGGAAGCGCUUUGCCAACACCAACAGAGGAGGAUCUCUUGGUUAUCUAUGUGGAUGGCUCGAUAGACUCGGCUGUUGUCGAAAGACUCAUUCAGGCCGGCGGGGAACGGGUCAAGCACCCGAACGUGUAUUGGGAGAAGUGGGGUGUUACUAUUAGAGACCCGGAUGGAUACUUGCUGGUCCUCUGUCAGAGGGGGUGGGGAAAUGCUUGAUGAACUUUCUUAGACUGUAUAUUCAUAGCAUAGCUUUGGAUAUGACAGCCGGAGUAUUGGUCAGAACUAGCCCUCUCCAAGGAGGGUUCCACUGUCACAAUCAACAAGCAGACCAAUAACAACCUGAAGCUCAUGUUCGACUGUAUCUAAGUUGAAUCUAGCAGUAGCUUCUGCAUCAGGGCUGUUUCUACCGAGGGCGGCGCGUACUGCACGCUCCUACCAGCCAGCAUCAAGGUUCAUCCCAGGUCCAGCCCCACGUUCGAAAUGACGGCCUUAAGGACUGUAAUUAUUGAAGGAGACAAGGUGAGCAGGGGGAAGCUUGUCUAUAAUGUUGAAGAGACCAUGUAAUAAAACCUAG